UGGUGGCUGUGGUUUCAUCCCAAUAUUUGCUGCAAAUUGUGGCAACCAUGAUAGUUGGUCACUUGGGUGAACUCUAUCUCUCUAGCGCCGCCUUAGCCAUUUCCUUAGCAGGGGUCUCUGGUUUCAGUCUUCUUGACCCAGCUAAUAAAUUCUUAUGAACAAAAACACGGUCGUUGCCACGUUGUUUGAUUUUGAUUCUGUGAAAGUAACACGAUAUGAGUAAUUAAGACUCGUACCAGUAUUUUUAAUUAUUCAACGGGACACUCGAGUUUUAGCUUUCAGAACGUCCACUGCGAAAGACAUGAUUGGGCUGCAGAAAGAUACCAUUUAUUUCUUUUGUAUUUUUAUGAUUUUUUCUUGUCAUGUCAUAUCCAUUGCUUUAUUAUUAAAAAAUAAAUUAAUAUACUUGGUUUUUUAAUAUAUUCAUGACUGUUGAAUGAAAUGUAAAACCUCGCAUUCUCAUUAUUUUCAAUAAUAAAAAAUUCUCAUGUUCUUUUAUCACGGUUUUCUGUCUCUCUCACACACACAUGCCAUACUAGAGUGUCCGUUGUUGCACUACGCGACCAGAAGUGCCGCCACAUUUGAGCCUGUAGCAUCAGAGGAAAAUAUGGGAAUGGCUAGUGGACUAGAGACAAUUUGUGGACAGGCUUAUGGAGCUCAGCAAUAUCAAAAAAUUGGACUGCAAACAUACACUGCCAUUUUCUCUCUCAUAUUGGUUUGUAUUCCCCUGUCUGUCCUUUGGCUCAACAUGGAAAACAUACUAGUUUUCAUGGGCCAGGACCCUCUGAUUUCACAUGAAUCAGGGAAGUUCACCCUUUGGCUUCUACCAGCACUUUUUGCAUUUGCAAUUCUACAGCCAUUAGUUCGAUAUUACCAAAUCCAAAGUAUGAUUCUUCCCAUGCUUGCAACUUCUUUUGUCACACUCAUUAUUCAUAUACCUCUUUGUUGGGCCCUGGUGUUCAAAACAAGGCUGAAUAAUGUUGGUGGAGCAUUGGCAGUUAGCAUUUCAAUGUGGUUAAAUGUGAUUGUGCUUGGAUUAUACAUGAGAUACUCCUCUGCUUGUGCAAAAACCCGUGCUCCCAUUUCUUUGGAUCUGUUUAAAGGAAUGUGGGAAUUCUUUCGGUUUGCCAUCCCUUCAGCAGUAAUGGUUUGCCUUGAAUGGUGGUCGUAUGAGCUGCUUAUAUUGCUGUCAGGGCUGUUACCAAAUCCAGCGCUUGAAACUUCAGUCCUAUCAGUUUGUCUAAACACUAUUUCAACUCUUUAUACAAUACCCUUUGGAAUUGGUGCUGCAGCAAGCACAAGGGUUGCAAAUGAAUUAGGAGCUGGGAAACCACAUGCUGCCCGUGUUGCUGUGUUAGCUGCAAUGUCUCUUGCAGUCAUUGAGACAAGUGUAGUAAGCGCAACACUCUUUGCCUGCCGCCAUGUUUUUGGUUAUGUCUUCAGUAAUGAGAAGGAAGUUAUUGAUUAUGUCACUGUCAUGGCCCCUCUCGUAUGUAUAUCGGUUAUACUGGACAGCUUACAAGGUGUUCAAACAGGAAUUGCAAGAGGUUGUGGAUGGCAACAUUUAGGAGUUUAUGUAAAUCUUGGGGCUUUCUACCUUUGUGGGAUUCCAGUGGCUGUAAUAUUGGCAUUUGUGGUGCGAGUGGGAGGAAAAGGACUCUGGAUUGGUAUACAAUGUGGUGCUCUUGUUCAAACUAUUCUACUUUCUGUCAUAACCAGUAACAUAAAUUGGGAAAAGCAGGCCAUCAAGGCAAGAAAGAGGUUAUUCGAUGAUGAAUUGUCAGCAGAAAAUGUAUUGGUAUGAGAAGCCCUUAAUCAAAGGCCAAUUUUCUAAAAAUGGGGACCAUUCUCGUGUGUUAGGAUUAAUGAAUUCUUGGCUUUGUGAAACCUUCGUGCAUCUGAUAAAGAAUACUCAGAGCAAUUUUUGUGAAUUAACAGGACAAAGAUCACUAUUACCAAUUUAUUUGAAAUUCCAGAGUAGUGUCUGCUGUACCGUUUGACAUGUUAAAUUUAAGGUGGCAAAUGAACUCCAAUUGAGAAAGUAGGGAUACAAACAUAAGUAUAAGAAAUAUAUAUCUGUUUCAGUAUUUUCUUUCUUAA